AUGUCUAAUCAACGAUCAAUACCCCGUGACGAUGAUUUACUUCUUCAAGAUUUCAGUCGAAAUGUAACAAAUAAAGCUUGGGCUUUAUUUUUUGGUAAUGCAGCUAUCGUCUCGGCUAUUCCACUCUGGCUUUUUUGGCGUAUUCAUCAAAUGGAGAUUACAUCUUAUUUUAUUCAUUUUAUCAUUGGUACUGCAAUAAGUACAUAUUUUCUCAAUUCCGCUUAUCAAAAUAUGAAAUUUAUCUUAAAACAUAAAAUUGCACAAAAACGUGAAGAAGCUAUCAAUCGUGAAAUAACAAAAUUAUUUGCUAAUGACAAAAAUGCAAAUAAAAAAGAUAAAGAUGACCGAAUAUUGGCACGUAAAAAUGAAGUCGCAGAUUUUGAAGCAACAACAUUUUCAAUUUUUUACAAUAAUGCAUUCUAUCUUGUUUGUCUUAUUGUAUUAUCAUUUUUUGUUUUUAAAAAUUUUUCACCAACUGUUAAUUAUCUUUUCUCAGUUGGUUUAUCGACAGCUAUGGUUUUUCUUUUUUCAACAGGAGAAAAAUAA